GGCGCGGCCCCGCCGCCAUUUUGGGGUCGCCGCCUGAGCUCGGCGCCGGGCCGCGCGGUUGCGGCGGCGCGAAACGCGUCACGGAGCGGCGUGAGAAGCGGCGGCGGUUCGAUCGGCGCUGAGGAGAUGGACGCCGGGGCCCGGCCGGGCGGCGCGGGGCAGCCCCGCGAGUACAAACUGGUGAUGUUGGGCGCCGGCGGCGUCGGGAAGAGCGCCAUGACGAUGCAGUUCAUCAGCCAUCGCUUUCCCGAGGACCACGAUCCGACCAUCGAGGAUGCUUAUAAGAUCCGGAUACGCAUCGAUGAUGAACCUGCCAACCUGGAUAUCUUGGACACAGCAGGACAGGCAGAGUUCACAGCCAUGAGGGACCAGUACAUGAGGGCUGGAGAGGGAUUUAUCAUCUGCUACUCCAUCACAGAUCGACGCAGCUUCCACGAAGUGCGUGAAUUCAAGCAGCUCAUCUACCGUGUGCGGCGCACCGACGACACUCCUGUGGUUCUGGUGGGGAACAAAUCCGACCUGACGCAGCUGCGGCAGGUCUCUAAAGAAGAAGGCUCUGCUUUAGCACGAGAAUUCAACUGUCCUUUCUUUGAAACUUCUGCUGCGUACCGUUAUUAUAUUGAUGAUGUGUUCCACGCUCUGGUGCGAGAAAUCCGCAGAAAAGAAAAAGAAGCAGUGAUGGCAAUGGAAAAAAAAUCCAAACCCAAAAACAGCGUUUGGAAAAGACUGAAAUCCCCGUUCAGGAGGAAGAAGGAUUCGGUUACUUGAAGAGAAACAAUUCCUCUGUAAGAGAAAACCUGGGAGCAGCCACUCGUAACCAAAGCGGUUGAAUGACAACAUUUCAGCAGUAGGUUUAAAGACUGAUGGGACUUCUGUGAGGGGGAGCAUCAUUUUUACCCAUUAUUUUUGCUUAAAACGGUAUUCUCUUAGUUCUGGAUAUUUAAUUUGAGACACGGUAACAAUUUGACUUCUGUUUGUUGUCAUUUUUAGAUCGGAUUCUCCAAAUACUGCUUUUAUGUUGGUUACAGAUGCUGGUGGGUUUCUGACGCUGCACUUUUAAAUGUUUGGUCACUGCAUACUGGAAGUUGAGUUGUUUUAAGAAGAAAAAAGAUGCUGAAUUUCUACCCAGCUUAACUUAAUUCAUUCUGUUUCUCAGUUGUUUGCACAACAGAAUGUUGCUGCAUUCCCAGACAGUCACUCCCAUCACCAGAGGAGGAUUUUGUUGAGGUUGUGCUGAAAAGUGCUCAGCAAAGUGUGUGACACCACAGCCCGGGCUGCGUGCAGAUGGCAGUGAGUGGAGAUGUGUGCUUUGUUCUCAUGGAAAAGGAUUUUUCGAGCAAAAAGUUCACCUGAACAAGCAGUGAACCCACAGCGUGAUGGUUGGGAUCCUCAACAAGUCAAAAACAGCAAAUUAUUGUUCCUCUGGCAGCUAUAACUUGGCAGCAGCGUGCGGAUGUGUAGCAUUGUCCCUUCAUUUAGCAUUGAUGGCGUUGUUGGAGUGUUUGUAGCUGAUGCUGUGGAUGCUCUGCAAACUGCAGCUUUGGAUUUUUCUGACCUGUUUGUUGAAACUGUAGCUGUGAUGGUGCAGUGGCAUAUUUAUUUGCGUUCAGUUUUAUAUGGUUGUCUUAAAGGAGACAGUAUUAUUGAGUAGGAGUCUCUAACAUAGUCAUUUCAGAUUAAUCUAUGAUAACUGUUUUGUACAGAAGACUGAAAGUGAGGCACUGGGGCUUGAACUGAUCUUCCCUAAUGCUGGUGAGGUUCUUCAGUGCUGCCUUAAAGGUGGGAUCAGCAGAAAGGAGCAGUGAGUGGGGCAUAGCAGCAUAGCUGGGCAUUCCCACCCAACCAUCAGCACAUCCUUCCUCCUUGGGGAUGAUUUGACACGUACACUGCUUACAGGAUUUAAAUCCAGAGCUGUUGUUGCAAUACAAAAAGCUCACAGAGAGAUGGAUGUCCAGGGUUGUUUUUUAAAUGAUACAGAAAAUCAUAGGUGACUCAGAUGGGUUUAAAAGGCCUUUCUCAGAGAACAAAGUGCCUCCAGUCUUUCUGUUUAGUGAUGAGAGAGCUUAGCAGACUCUAAGUGCAGUAUUACUCAAGUGCUUCUCUUAAUCUUUGAACCUCUGUGUCAGUAGCUGUUAAUCUCACUGACCCAAAGGCCUUGUAGUGCCUCUCAGUGUGCUGCCAUCAGAACUGAAACAGGUUGUUGGAUGUGUAAAAAAAAAUCUGGCACAAAAAAAAAAUGAAGAUAACGAAUAUACAGACCCUAAUUUUAGGCUUUUUUCUUUCUACACUCCUUACUGUGUAAGAUAUCACUGGAACUUCUGUGCCUGGUGCUUCUAAGGGUAUUUUCUUUGUGUAAGGUUUCAUGAGGAAGUGGGGAGGGGUGAACAGUUUGAUGCUGUGUUUGUAGCCUAGCUCAGCAUUGGAAUGGAUUUCUAUUUCUCACUUCCUUCCAGAACUGCAGUGUUAAGCUGUGCUGGUAAUCAUCACUGAUUGCAGAGCAGGGAGAAUAAGUGGGGUUAUUGGGAAUGGAAGAGCUCUCCUCAAUUCACCAUGCGUGUCGUGCUGCCUUUACUGCAGUUACUGCUUUGGAACUGCAGCUCUGUUAGUCACUCCUUGUUGGAUUAAAUGCCAUCUAAAACUGAUAGAUAAAACCCAGGGACAGCAGCAGGGUUAGGAGCAGUUCUGAUUGCUUUGUGGCAAUGAUUACUUUCAAUCUCAGGCAGUGUGCUGGGAGCUGUGCAAGCCCAGUUCUCCCCAUCCCCUGUCUGUAAUGUCUGUGCCUUACACCAUCCCUUCAAUGCAACAUAUAUGUUUACUAAUGCCUUUUAUGAGCCUGUUGCUUCUAGAAUUACUAAAUCAGAACAGCAGCAAAGCACUUUUUUUUUUUUUUUACAGUGUUAUUCAAAAGAAAAACAAAGUUUUAUUUUUGUCAUGUAUAAAUUUGUACACGGGAUUAUCGUUUUAUUUGACACAAUAUAGAGUUUUUAAUACAAAAUUGGUGUUGGGUGUUUUAUUUCGUGGUGUGGAACUUCCCCCCAUUUUGCUACACACGUGAGACUGAGGUAGGGGAGGAAAACUCAAGGGGUGCUUUUAAGUGAGCUUGAAAAGUGCUCAUCUUACUGUUGGGAGUCUUGGAAGUAAAAAAAGAAAUAAGAAAUGUAAAAAAAAAUGGAUGUUUAUGGUUAAAACUUAAGAAUUUGGAUGCUUUGUCUCCUUAGGAGCGAUGUGACGGACGCUGAGUUCUGCUGCUCCACGGCUUGGACCAAUCCAUCCAAAGUGAACAAGUUAAGUGUAUUCAGGGACAGGGAGCUCUUUACUUUGCUUUAUCCCCAUCAUAUUUCACUAACUGCAGGACAUGGAGCUCAGCCCAAAGGAAAAGGCUCUUCUUGCUUUGGGUUGGUUUUGGCUACGUGGCUUUUGGCUGUAAGGCAGAACACAUUUCCUGGCUGAUGCUCAUACUUAAAGUUUAUAAGAAUGGAGGUAUUAUGCUAAGAUCUAGAGCCAAAUGGGGGAAAUUCCAAUUAAGUUGGAGGCAGAUGGCUCAGGGCUUUGCUUUUAGGUUCAUCCCUGGAAUUUGGAAGCCAUUAAGGACUGGUUCCAGCGCUGGCCCUUUUGUAACCAGCGUGGAAAUAUCUGUGGAAUGAAAAAAAUGAACACCACAGCAUUCCCUGAAGUCCAGUGUGAUUGUCAGAUGCCAUUUGUCUGCCAUCUGAAUAGCUACAGGAGUAUUUUGUGUGCAACAGCUCAACCUGAUGGAGGCUUUGACCUCUGAGAGGCAGUCUGUGCUGCAGGAAGUCAUACCACCGUGUGCCAUUGUCUGAGCCCCCAGGAGCUGGGAGAUGCAGCAAAUAUGUUCUGUAUGGCAACAGAGGGAGAGUUUCAUUGCUUUGUCCUGCCCCUGAGGCCACACUUGGAGGUGUUUAAGGCAGAAAUCACUGCCAUCAGUUCACAAACAUCCCCAGGAAUGAAGAAGUCACAGCUCAGGUGGGCCCAACGCUGCCACACUGUGUGUGCAGCUGAGCAAAUUUUACUGUUUAUUGUCUGCUUGGACUCCACUAAGAAAAGCUUUGCUGUGUGCUGUUGUGCUGAUACAGCUUUACUUUCCUGCUUCUAUUGCAGGAAUGCAGAACCACAGCACCUUCUUGCUGCCGAUAAAGGUUGCUGACAUAAUAAAAAGUUGCUUACAAGUAUGCAAAAUUGGUAACAUUUCAAAACGUGGAUGUUAAUUACAUGUACCUGAGAGCUGAACAAAAAAAACCCUGCAGAUGAAGGUGGGUAUCUGGGUCAGGGGAGCGUGCUGCCAUGCCUGCUCCUUUACACACCCAUAAAUGUGGCUGCGAGGAACAGUAGGAGAUUUGAGAUGUUCCUUUUCCUUCAGCACAAACGUUCUGGUUUGCAUUUUGCCACAGCAGAUGAGUGACACUGGAAUGUUUCAUAGACUGAGGUCAUUCCUUGCAGUGAGGCUGCGUGGAAACACGUGAUGGGGAUUUGCAUUGGAGCAGCUGAGCCACUAGAUGGCUGAUGGUGGAAGAGGUGAUCAGCAUCGUUCUGGAUGGGAAGGUUAGAACUGACACGCUUUUCUUUGCUAAAUCCUGCAGACAACUUGAAUGGUCUAUGAAGAAAUAAACCAUAGGAGUACAGGGAAGCUGGAUUUCUGGCUGUGAAAACUUAAAUUUGAGGUAUGUUAUGUGAGGAUGACUUGGAAAGGAUGAAAACAUACAAAGCUUAUUAUGUGGCUGAAAUGUGAAGCUUGCUAAGUGGAACCAUACUCAUAUGAUAGACCAUACCAUGCCCAUACUCAUCCUGUUUAGGAGAGUUCCUCUCUGGAAUGUUCCUUCUUGUGUAUUUUAGGGAAGUCUAUCGACUUUAAGAGCAAUGAGAGUGUACCAAAGGAAGCAGAUUCUAAACUUGCUGAAAAUUAAACCAAACCCAAAUGAAACGACUCAAGGAGUGUCUGCCUGCUCACUGCACUGCCUUCCUCCCUUUCCUGGCAUUUCCCUUUUUGUCACUUCCUCACUUUCUCUUCCAUAUUUCUUAGCAUGUGUUUCCCUUCCAUUCCAUUUUUUGAUGAGCCUUGUAGGCAGGUAAGGCAUCUUCUGAAGGACCCCAGAAAGAAGGAAGUAAACACAGGAGUUCAAACAACACACGUGAAAGAAACCCAGGAAUGUGUCACGUUCCAAUCCUGCAGAGGUACCCCAGCUUUCUGUGCUGUGGGUUCUGAGUGAGAGCACAUUUUAUGAGCACAUCAGUAACAGUGCCUGCAUGGCGGGCCUCUCAUCCAUCUCAAAGCAGUGGAAUGACUUUCUAAAUGAUUGGUAUCCAAAGGCUGCUUGUAAACAAGGUGGAAGAGGAGGACUGAAGCAUAAGGCACUGCUGGGGAUGGAUGAGCUGCUAUUUCUGACUGCCUGUUAAAGGAAAUACCAGCAGAUCCCGUCUGUCAUCAAAAAGUAACUCGCAUUACCAUGGUAACUGGUCUUGCUCCUGUGUUGCUUUAGGAGAGGUAGAAGCUGUUGGAAAAGGAAGGGCCCAAUUAAUGCUGCCAGAGAAGGACUGCAAAAAUCCUAUUCAUUUCAAUGGCAUCAGCAGCCAGAGCCAGAGAAGGUGGGAAGAGCCUCUGAGCAGAGCUUCCAUGCUUUCCCUGAAACGUUUCUCCUUUCAUGGUUUGUCAGACCCAUUCUGUUUGCUUCUUUUCUUUUUCUUAUGCAAAUCCUUUUGUUUCUGCUUUAGCUGAAUGGUGUAAGAACCUGAAAUGGGAUGUUUGUGAAAGCUGUGCCCUGUUAGAGGUAGAAGCCAAGCAGAGAAUGGUGAGGAGAGGUUUUCUUUCACAUCUUGCACAGUGCAAAGCUGCCACUCUGCCAACCACAGUCAUUACAGUAAUAAAUAACCGACAGUGCUUAAACACUGUGAUCAACUGCAGUGUGGGCAGCAAGGUAAGGAUGGGUAAAGCCAUUUUGUGCUCAGGAUGGAGGGCAGCAUUUUGGAAUAUCCUUACCUCUUGGAUGUCUUUGUGCUUUCUCCUUCCUAAAUGAACCAUUCCCUUCCGGUGGAAAAUGGUGUCUGAGGAGCUGUGGCAUUUGACUGCAUUCCAUUUUCGGAGACAUUGGAAGAUCUUUAUGGGCUGAAACCACCAAGAUCUUAAAGAGGAGACCUGAAGUUCCCAUGAAGCUUAUUUCAGGUGCUCAAAUCCCUCAGCCACCUCUGGAUCCCCAUCCUUUGUUGCAGGGGAGACUAUCGGGCCGUGCUGGAGAGUUUCUGUAGCCACGUUGCUGUGGAAACACAGUUUGGUAUUCUGCAGUAUUUGGUGUUUUCUAAAGCCGUGGCUUUGUGCCCAGCAGUGCUGUGCUCUGUGGUAGUGAUGGGAGCUGCAGAAGCUGCAUUACAGAGCGCUGCGCCUCGGGACGCACCAUUGUAUCUCACAGUGACACGGACAAAAGUGUUCCUGAAAAAAAGCAGCUCUGCCUGGGAAUCCAGGAAUGUGUCUGAACCACAAAUAAAAGAAUCAAAUUCUGCUUUUCUUCAAAAAUUCUUUUACCGACCAGAUUCUUUUUUGCCCAUUUAUUCCCCUUUAGAUGCCCAUUCACAUGAAAUUACAGCCGUGGAGAGGCUCAGGGAUGACAACAGUUCUCACAUGUGCUGAUGUUUAAGUGACAGCAGUGCAUUUCAUUUGCUGGGGUUUUGCUCUCUCUGUAUUUCUGAGCUAUGCUCUGUGCAGGUUUGUUUCCACCUGCGCUCCAACACAGCACAGCCACCAUCUAAAGUGAUUUAAGUUUUAUUUCCACGCUCAAUGUGCGUUAACAAAUUCAACAUACAAGAUAGCAUUACAUAAUGUCAAGUAGCUUCUAGCAUUAUGCAGUUUCACACAUGUUGAGUUAGGUUUUUUGCCUUUUUUUUUUUUUUUUUUCCACACAACGCUGUAACUGUCCAAGUUAAUUUUA